GAUAUGGCUUUGAGUUUGGUUUCGUGUUUGCUUUCGUGUGGCUAUCAAUGAUCAUUUUGGUAUUAUAAAAAUAAAAGAAAAGUUGUAUCUGUUUCUUUACGGAGAAAUGGAAGAUGUGAGCGUGAUUUCUUCGAGCAUUGUUAAACCCGGAAACAUCAGUCAUUCGGGUCAUGCAAAGAUCCAUCUUACUCCAUCUGAUCUUAGCCUUCUCUAUCUCGACUACCCUCAAAGAGGUCUCCUCUUCCCCAAACCCGACCCGCAAACCCGUUUCAUCUCUCGGUUAAAGUCCUCUCUCUCUACUACUCUAGAGACCUACUUCCCCUUCGCUGGUCGUCUUGUGAAAGUGAACAACCAUGAAGAUAAUACGGUGUCGCUUUAUAUCGACUGUGACGAUGGCCGUGGUGUCAAAUUUGUUCAUGCCAUAGCGGAAUCUGUCUCGGUAAGCGAUAUCCUUCAACCUCUAGGCUCUGUUCCUGACUUUUUCAAGCUUUUCUUCCCCAUGAACGGUGUUAGAAGCAUCGACGGCAUCUCGGGGCCCUUGCUUGCUUUACAAGUCACCGAGAUAAAAGAUGGAAUCGUUAUAAGUUUCGGUUACAACCACUUGGUUGCUGAUGGUUCUUCGAUGUGGGAAUUUAUCCACACCUGGUCAAAGAUUUGCUUGAAUGGUGAAUGGGAGAAUCAUCAUCAGCCUCUUGUCCUCAGGGGAUGGUUCCUCGACAAGAUCGAGUUCCCUAUCCAUAUUCCGGCUAAAGAGAUAGAGACAAAGAGGGUGAAAAAUCAUGAAAUUUCGACUAGAGAGAGAGUUUUUCACUUCACAAAGGAGAAAAUUUUAGAUCUCAAAGCUAAAGCUAACGGCAAAAUAGGAUCAAGUGACACGAAAAUAUCAUCGCUUCAAGCGGUUUUGGCACAUCUAUGGCGAGAAAUCGUUAGAUGCAGUGGACUAAACCGAGAAGAAGAGAGUUAUUGCGGAGUAUCAGCAGAUUUUAGGCAGAGGCUAAACCCUCCGCUUGAGAAAGAGUGUUUCGGGAAUGUAGCCAGUCUCGGGAUAGCUACAGCCACCGUGGGAGAUCUGGUCGAUCGUGGACUGGGAUGGACUGCUUUGCAGCUAAAUAAAACUGUGAGGUCACAAACGAAUGAAAACUUUAAAGCUUUUGCAGAGAAUUGGGUCAAAAUCGGUAAUAUCCGAAGAAUUGAUGUUAGAAGUAAAAUGGGUGAUCAUUUAUUUAUUGUCAACAACUCUCCUUGGUUCCAAGUGUAUGACAAUGAUUUUGGUUUGGGUAAACCAAUCGCUGUUCGAGCUGGACCGGCAAAUGGUAUUGGUGGCAAGUUUGUUGUUUUCCGUGGGGUGGAAGAAGGAAGUAUCGAUGUUCAUGCGAUAUUGCCCUUACACUUAUGGUCUGAUUUGCUAGUGAACUUAUUGGAUGAUGUUGCAUCUAUGGAAAAAAUGUAACAAUUACAUAUUUACAUGAUGUGCUUGUGAAUUUAUUGGAUGGUUAAAGAUGUAUACCCUCCUCUCUUCCAUUAUAUAUAAGAGUUUUUGGUUAAAAGCACAAAA